AAGCCAGAAAGAGAGCUGUGACCAGCAGCAUUCCUCACUCCUUCGGCCUUAGUUUCUGUCUGCACUGGCUGCAGUGGGACACUGGCCCCUGCUGUCACUGCCUCCCACACAAAGACUCUUUGAGCACUGCAGCCUGUGGUUCAGCCCCAGACCUGAGAAUGAAUGUCCUGGAGACUUCCAAGUUGCUGGAUGAGGAGCUGUACUCAAGACAGCUGUAUGUGCUCGGCUCAACUGCCAUGCAGAGGAUUCAGGGAGCCAAGGUCCUACUGUCAGGCUUACAGGGCCUGGGGGCUGAGGUGGCCAAGAACUUGGUUCUGAUGGGUGUGGGCAGCCUCACUCUACAUGACCCCCGCCCCACCUGCUGGUCUGACCUGGCUGCCCAGUUUUUCUUCUCAGAGCAGGACUUGGAAAGGAGCAGGGCUGAGGCUUCUCAAGAGCCCUUGUCUCAGCUAAACAGAGUUGUCCAGAUCUUUGUGCACAGAGAUGAUAUCACCGAGGAACUGCUGUCAGACUUCCAGGUGGUGGUGCUGACUGCCUCGAAGCUGGAGGAGCAGCUGAGGGUGGGCACCUUGUGCCGCAAGCACGGAGUCUGCUUUCUGGUGGCUGACACCCGGGGCCUCGUGGGACAGUUGUUUUGUGACUUUGGUGAGAACUUCAUCGUGCAGGACCUUACAGAGGCAGAACCCCUGACAGCUGCCAUCCAGUACAUCUCCCAGGGCUCCCCCGGCAUUCUCACUCUGAGGAAAGAGACUAAUACCCACUACUUUCGUGAUGGGGACCUGGUGACUUUCUCAGGCAUUGAGGGCAUGGUUGAGCUCAACGGCUGUGCUCCUCGGUCCAUCCACGUGCGGAAGGACCAGUCCCUGGAGAUUGGGGACACAACUACUUUCUCUCGUUACUUGCGUGGUGGGGCUAUCAUCGAAGUCAAGAGACCCAAGACUGUGAGACAUAAGCCCCUGGACACAGCUCUGCUCCAGCCUCGUGUGGUGGCCCCGAGUGCCCAGGCAGUCCACCGUGCCCACUGCCUGCAUCAGGCCUUCCGUGCACUGCACAAGUUCCAGCACCUCAAGGGCCGGCCACCCCAGCCCUGGGAUCCUGUUGAUGCAGAGACUGUGGUGGGUCUGGCACUGGACCUGGAACCACUGAAGGGCACAGAGGAAGAGCCAUCGGAAGAGCCACUGGAUGAAGUCUUAGUGCGGACAGUCGCCCUGAGUAGUGCUGGUAUCUUGAGCCCCAUGGCAACCAUGCUGGGUGCAGUGGCUGCCCAGGAAGUGCUGAAGGCAAUCUCCAAGAAGUUCAUGCCUCUGGACCAGUGGCUAUACUUUGAUGCCCUUGAUUGUCUUCCGGAAAAUGAGGAGCUCCUUCCCAAUUCUAAGGACUGUGCCCCGAGACACUGCCGCUACGAUGGGCAAAUUGCAGUGUUUGGGGCUGGUUUUCAGGAGAAACUGAGUCGCCAGCACUACCUCCUGGUAGGCGCUGGUGCUAUUGGCUGUGAACUGCUCAAAGGCUUUGCCCUAGUAGGCCUGGGGGCCGGAGUCGGCGGCGGCUUGACUGUUGCUGACAUGGACCACAUAGAGCGCUCCAACCUUUGCCGUCAGUUCCUCUUCAGGCCCCAGGACAUUGGUAGGCCAAAGGCAGAAGUGGCUGCAGCAGCUGCCCAGGGUCUGAACCCAGACUUACAGGUGACUGUGCAUACCCACCCACUGGAUCCCACUACAGAACACAUCUAUGGGGACGACUUUUUCUCCUGUGUGGACGGUGUGGCAGCUGCUCUGGACAGUUUCCAGGCCCGGAGCUAUGUGGCUGCCCGAUGCACCCACUAUAUGAAACCGCUGCUGGAGGCGGGCACAAAAGGCACCCAGGGCAGUGCUUCAGUGUUCAUGCCACAUGUGACUGAGGUCUACAGAGCCCCCACUUCAGCUGCAGCUUCUGAGAAUGACACCUACCCUGUCUGUACCGUGCGGCACUUCCCCAGCACAGUCGAGCACACCCUGCAGUGGGCUCGGGAUGAGUUUGAGGGACUCUUCCAACUGUCUGCAGAGACUAUCAACCACCAUCAACAAGCACACACUUCUCUGGAAGACAUGGACAUGGCACAGACACUGUCCUUACUGCAACCAGUGCUGGGAGUCCUGAGAGCACGUCCACAGACCUGGCGAGACUGCGUGGUGUGGGCCCUUGGCCACUGGCAACUAUGCUUCCAUUAUGGCAUCAAACAGCUGCUGAGGCGUUUCCCAUCAGAUAAAGUGCUUGAGGAUGGAACUCCCUUCUGGUCAGGUCCCAAACAGUGUCCCCAGCCCUUGGAGUUUGACACCAGCCAAGACACACACCUCCUCUAUGUGCUGGCAGCUGCCAAUCUGUAUGCUCAGAUGCAUGGGCUGCCUGGCUCACAGGAUAAGACCGAGCUCAGGGGGCUGCUGGAGCAGCUGCCACAGCCUGACCUCCAGCACUUGGUACCCACCUUCAAUGAUAACCUAGAGCUGGCUUCUGCUUCUGCUGAGUUUGGUCCUGAGCAGUUAAAGGAAUUGAAUGAAGCCCUGAACAUCUGGAGCAUGGGUCCUCCACUGAAGCCUCUGAUGUUUGAGAAGGAUGAUGAUAGCAACUUCCAUGUGGACUUUGUGGCAGCGGCAGCUAACCUGCGGUCUCAGAACUAUGGGAUCCCACCAGUCAACCGUGCCCAGAGUAAGCGAAUCGUGGGCCGGAUUAUCCCAGCCAUUGCCACCACAACAGCAGCUGUGGCAGGCCUGGUAGGCCUGGAACUGUAUAAGGUAGUGAGUGGGCCACGGCCCCUCAGUGCCUUUCGCCACAGCUAUCUGCACCUGGCUGAAAACUACCUCAUCCGCUAUGUGCCUUUCGCCCCAACCAUUCAUACGUUCCACCAUCUGAAGUGGACCUGUUGGGACCACCUGAAGGUGCCUGCUGGGCAACCUGAGAAGACCCUGGAGUUGCUGCUGGCCCAUCUCCAGGAGCAACAUGGGCUGAGGGUGAGGAUGUUGAUGCAUGGCCCAGCCCUGCUCUAUUCAGCUGGAUGGUCACCUGAAAAACAAGCCCAGCGCUUGCCCCUCAGGGUGACAGAACUGGUUAAGCAGGUGACAGGCCGGGAGCCUGAUCCUAAGAUGAGGGUGCUGGUACUGAAGCUGAGCUGUGAGGGUGAAGAGGACACUGUUUUUCCACCUCUGCACUAUGAACUGUGACAAAGCAGUUACCCCAUCACCCUACUUGACUGAGAUCUACAUCCCAAGCCCUGUAUCUUAAGCCUACAGUAGCUAUUCAAUAAAUGCUUGUUGAAAGACGGCA